CUGUCACCCCAUGCUGGGGGAGUGCGUCUGCCACCCUGGCUGGGCCGGGCUCUUCUGCAACGAGAGCUGCCCCCCCGGCUCCUUCGGGCCUGGCUGCCUCCAGAGCUGCCUCUGCCUCCACGGGGGAGCCUGUGACGGGACCACCGGCCUGUGCCACUGCCCCCCCGGCUACACGGAUGAGCACUGCUCCUCCCUGUGCCCCCCUGACACCUUCGGGGUGAACUGCUCGGGGCGCUGCUCCUGCCAGCAUGCCCUGGGGUGCUCCCCGCUCGAUGGCUCCUGCUUCUGCAAAGAAGGCUGGCACGGACCUGACUGCUCAACGCCGUGUCCCGCCGGCAUUUGGGGUCCCGGCUGCAACCAGAGCUGUGACUGCGCCCACGGUGCCUCCUGCGACCCCCAGAGCGGGGCCUGCAGGUGCCCACGGGGCUGGCAGGGCCCCCGCUGCCUGCAGCCGUGCCCGAACGGGACGUUCGGGGCGGGCUGUGGGGAACGCUGUGACUGCGCCCACGCCGACGGCUGCGACACCGUGACGGGGGAGUGCCACUGCCUGCCUGGCUGGAUGGGGCCGCAGUGCAAGCAGGGCUGUCCCCACGGCUCCUGGGGCCGGGGGUGCCGCAUGUCCUGCUCCUGCCGCAACGGGGCCUCCUGCUCCCCCCAGGACGGAUCCUGCACCUGCCCCCCGGGGUACCGCGGCCCCACCUGCCAGCGCCCCUGCCCUCCCGGCCGCUACGGCAAGCGCUGCUCCCUGAGCUGCUCCUGCGCCAACGGCUCCUCCUGCCACCCCACCAAUGGCUCCUGCCUCUGUGCCCCGGGCUGGCGUGGCCCCCGCUGCUCCCAGCAGAAGCAGCUCCAUCCAGGGUGA